GCUUGGCCAUGGGGGUUCACCCCGGGCUCCGGCCACAGCUGCUAGCAAAGCAGCCGGAGUCCCCGGACUGCAACGGCCGGUCAGCUAUCGACGGCCCAACCUUCCUCAUCACCGUCGUGGUCGACGACGCUUUCCGCGCCAGGAGCGUCGUCCAAUGGCACGGCUUCUGUCAGGGGCCGCCGACUGGCACCUCACCGGCGGACGGUAUCGACGGCGUGACCUCCACGUACUACUACUAUGUGGCUGAUCGUUCAUGCUCUGGCCCUGGCCGAGACAGUGCUACCAUUUUCAGUGGCGCGCAAGGAGGCGAGGCCGGUCCCACCGCUGACGUCCACGCGUGCCUCGGCCGACGAGCGGACGCCUCCGCCAGACAUGGUAUCGCCGGUGUGCCGGAGAAAGACGAGGGACGGAUCAACGGCGGUUGCGCGUGCUGCAAACCAAAAUGUCCUGUGCAUUCUAUAGGGCAGGGGCCAAAUGCGUGCGCUGAAGCGCAACUCAUGGCCAACUGUCCUGUCAUUCACCUCGAUGAAGGAGGAGUGGUCGAGAAACUCCUCCGGUGGUCCGCCGCGGCAUUGGAGGCCACAGCCUUGUGGGUUGCUGCUAUAUGCGGGGGGCAAGGACAGUGAUGUCUAUGCGUUCCCUGAACUGUAACUCAUGGCCGAUAACCCUGUUAUCUACCUUAAUGUUCAACGCUCAGUCGAGUGGCUCUUCAGGUGAUCCGUACCCCGGUGGUCCUUGCAUUAAACGUCAAGUUUGGGGGUAAAGCAAAUUCGAGCUUCCCUCUGUUUGGCGUUAGUAUUAUUUUUGUGCACUACAGAUAAAAGGUUAUACAUUUACUUUGAUA